UGUGAACGCUAAAGCGACGGUGAAGAUCGAGUAACUGUUACACACUAACGGAAACAUUUAGGCUUGCAUAACGCCGGCUGAACAAAUGGGUAAUUUCCAUGCUUGUUGUUGCGCGUCGAGAUACAGGUGACUCACAGACGGUUACCUGUCGUGACGUCAUAUGCAGGGAUUUUAGGGUCCCUGUAACACAGGAGGAAGUGAGUGAACGCCAACUGCAAAGUGCUCCGACGUGGAAAGCGAAGGAUAACGCUGCUGGCUGUCUGCGACAGAUCAUACAGUGGUCAUUAUUUAUCUGGGCGUUUUCCUGACUUGAUGGUGACUUAGACAAGGGACGGCGGAUCUUUGGACAAAGUUUACAGACGGCGUCGUCAGAACUGUUUGAAGCCUACUACCAACUUCGCUCGGAGCUCGGACCAGACCCAGGGUACCAGUGUAGCGGGGCGGGGUCCCAAAAUGACCCACAUACAGGCUGACGGCCUCACGGUGAGCGACCAGUCUCCUCUCCGCCUGGACCAGUGCUUCUCCACAGAGCUCCACAUCACUGAACCCGGCGAGGGCGGCUCGCUGUCCCCGCCAGGCUGCCCUCAGUCCCCUCGCUCCCCUCACUCCCCUUGCGCCCCCCGCUCCCCCCGCGCCCCCCGCGCCCCCCGGACCCCGGUCUCCCCGCCACCGCGGACCCUGGUCGCCCCGACCCUGGUUCUGCACAACCCCCCCCAGGAUGUAGAGGAGGUCUGGGCCCUCCAGAAGGAGAAGGUUCUCCUGAGCACCACCAGCCAGGUGGCCCAGAAGCUGGGCACCCAGCAGCUGAUCCCCCGGAGCCUGGCCUCGUCGGGGGGGCGCAGCAAGACCCGCCACCACACCACGGUGGUCUCCUUCCCCAUCGCCCCCGAGAGGCCCUUCGGGGGGGGGGACGGCGGCGGGGGCUCGGGGCGGAGCCGGCACUCCACCCAGGGCCCGGACGUGUCCUGGGAGGACUACGACAGCGACGGCGACGGCUUCGCCCUGCGGAGGAACCGCAGGAACAAGUCGUACCGCGUGGCGAUCCUGGAGCUGGACGGGGGGCCGGAGCAGCAGCCGCAGCCGCAGCAGGACACCCUGAUGACCCCCGUGCGCGAGCAGCGCUGCGCCAGUCCCGGGGCGCGGCCCGAACGGGCACAAAAGCGAACCAUCGGCCGAAAGAGGAACCAGAAGCAUGGUGGAUCCUUCAAAAACGCCACGCCCCGUCUCUACCAGGAGAUCUGUGAGCGCGGUCUGCAGUCCACCAAUCAGGACGAGGUCAUCGAUGACUUUGUGGUGGUCGAGCCGCAGGUGGAGGACCAGGGCAUUGUAGUGAAGAGCUACCGGCCGACGCAGCUCAUCUGGAGCCACCUGCCCCAGGUGAAAGAGGGAGGUAUUCUUGACAGAAUUUCACCUGAGGAGCGGAAGAGACAGGAGGCCAUCUUCGAGAUCAUCACGUCGGAGUACUCGUACCUGCACAGCCUGGGCAUCCUGGUGCGCCACUUCAAGAACAGCGAGCCCCUCCGUCAGUCCAUGACCGCCACCGAGCACCACCACCUCUUCUCCAACAUCGCCGUCAUAGAGGGAGUCAGCAAGAAGUUCUUCGAGGACCUGGAGCGGCGGCACCAUGCCCACCCGGUGAUCCGGGACAUCAGUGACAUCGUUCAGCACCACUCCACCCACAACUUUGAGCCGUACAUCGUGUACUGCUCCAACGAGACCUUCCAGCAGAGGACCUUGCAGAAGCUGCUCACCAGCAACACGGUGUUCAAGGAAACCCUGAAGCAGAUCGAGGGGAGCGCUGACUGUGGGGGUCUUCCCAUGAUCUCCUUCCUCAUCCUGCCCAUGCAGAGGGUCACCAGGCUACCGCUGCUGCUGGACACCAUCUGCCAGAAGACCCCGGACAAGACGGCAGAGUACUUUGCUGCGGUCUGGUCUCUGCACGCCAUCAGCAAGUUGGUGAAUAGCUGCAACGACGGCGCCAGACUCAUGGAGAGGACGGAGCAGAUGUACACCAUUCAGAAGCAGAUGGACUUUGGCAAGAUUAAGCCGUUCCCGCUGGUGUCGUCGUCGCGCUGGCUGAGGAAGCGCGGGGAGCUGGCCAUGUGCACGGAGGAGAUGAGCAUCUGGAAGGCCUUCAGCAACCGCUGCUACUACCUGUUCCUCUUCAACGACGUGCUCAUCGUCACCAAGAAGAAGAGCGAGGAGAGUUUUGUGGUCACGGACUACGCCACUAUGGAUAACGUGGAGGUGGAGAUGGGGGAGGACGCUGAGGGCCGGUCCACUCUGGGCAGGAGCGGCUCUGGCCACCAGGUGUCCUUCAGGCUGCGGAUGAGCAAGAACAGCGAUGGCAAAGCUGAGCAGAUCACCCUGGCAACAGAGUCCAGGGUGGACCGGGCUCGGUGGGUAAGUGCGCUCCGAGAGCACAAACAAGACGGCGUUGUCACAAGUAAAGAGGGUCUUGCGCAGUACGAGACCACUAAAGCCUACAUGCCCAGGGAACCAGAUGAGCUGGGUCUGCGCCCGGCCGAGGUGGUCAUUCUUCUGGGGAAGGAGCUCGACUGGUGCCAUGGCGAGCGGAUGCGGGACGGUGAGCGAGGCUGGUUCCCUGCCAACUGUGCCAAAGAAAUCACCAACCUGACUGCUAUGGAACAAAACGUCCAGCGGAUGAAGCGUUUACGCAAGGAAACCAAUGUUUAGUGUGGCCUUCAACCCUAGAUGUUGUAGAUACAGAAAUGUCCUGGUGAAAGAUGUUCAUGUGUACAGAGUAGUGUUGUUUGAAUGUACUGGUCACUAGAUAGGAACGGAUUGUUUGUAGACUGACGUUUGACAGAUUAACUUUAAAAAUAAUAUCACUAUCCGUUUAACACUACUUAGCUUGAUAAUUUAGAAAGGUUUAAAAGUUGAUCCAACAUGGCAGUCUAUAUAUAAUAUUUUGUAAAUAAGGUAUACCAGAUACUUGAAUUAUGAGAAGGAUACAUCAGGGGGAUGUGUGAACUAAAUAAAAUGCAAAAACAAGAAUGUAGUUGUU